AUGGGGAGCCUCGACAACUGUCACCUCCUGCUGCCGGUCCUUCCCAACCCAACGCCGUCCAUUCCUGGGACACUGAUGUUCCGGCAGGCAAGGGCAAGGGCAAAGAAACAGCCCAGCCUGAAGCCUCCAAAGGCCAAGCGUCAGCGCCAGCGGCCACUGUCCAAGGCAGUCAUCAGCAGUGAGGAUGAAGAGGAGCUUGAUGCCACGCUGGUUCCCCAGAAGAAGCCGGUCCCCAUUAACAUGGUGUACAAGCCUGGUCAACUGACCUCUCGCCACGAACGCCGCCUGUCUGCGGCGAAGUUGGUCAUUGCCAGUGAUGAUGAAAGUGACGCCGAGGAGACGCCGAAGAAGAUUGGUCCCGCACCCAAGAGUGGGACUGCAUAUGUUGAGGUACCACCUGCCCCAAAGCCUGCAAAGGCUCCCACAGACAGCGCCAUUGUGCUCGCAGAGGAUGAUCACGCCAACAAGAGGUCCCUGGUUUGGGACCCAGGCUGUGGCACAUGUGUCCAGCGGGAUUUGAUAUGCCGCCAAGGCUACAAUACCGCGGGUGGAGAGCUGGCUAUAUGUGGCGGCAAAGGUUCUGCUGCCCCAAACAGGGGAAAGAAGUCCACGGCGACUAAUACUCACCGCACUCGCUCAAAGUCUCGGCCUCGUCCUUCGCCUGUCACUGCUGCCACAGAUACAGAUGAAGAUAUGGACUCUGCCCCACCGGCCACAACCUCAGGAGCACCUGUACUUGGCACUGUCCCUCCUUCCGCCAGCACCACCAUUCUCAUCGCCGAGUCCUCCACUACCGCCACCACAACCGACACUAGCGCUGACACCAGGGAAUCUGUCCUUGCCCUCAAGAAGGAAUUGGACUCGCUGAAGGCCAUGGUUGCUGGCUUAGUGGAGAAGGUUGGUUCUAGGGAGAAGCUUUUGCAGCACUCCAAUGACCGAUUGGCCGAGCAAGAGGCUCGUUCAAACCUCCUUGCUGAGCAGUUGGAUGAUCUUUGCCAUGAGUUGCGUCUGCCAACACUCCCAUCGCCUGCUGAGGUUUCUCUGCCCGGCAAUGCCAUUAAUGGAGAGCAAGAGGAACCUGCUGAGUCGGUAUUGGUGACAGCGGCGCCAGGAGAAGAGGAGGAACCUGCUGAGACGGUGUCGGUCACAUCACCCCCUGGAGAGCAAGAGCAAUCUGCAGAGUCAGUGUCUUUGACAUCAGUCCCUAUGAGUGUUGGAGAGCAAGAGGAAUCUGCAGAUGUAACAUCAGCUACACCGGAGUAA